AUGGAGGUGCUGCCCGCGGGCGGGGGCCGGACGGCGCGCGCGGAGCUCGAGUUGCCCGGCGGCGAAGCGGGGCUGGGAGAGGCAGAGCGGGGAUCUGUCCCCGGAGGGGCCGAAGCUCCGCCUCGACAGGGGGCGGCCGAGCGGCUGAGGGGCUCCCGCGGCUCGUGGGAGGGCGAGGAGGAGCCGGAGCUCGGCGGCCGCACGAGCCGCACGGCGUCCCUGGUGAGCGGGCUGCUCACCGAACUCUACAGCUGCACCGAAGAGGAGGAGGCGGCGGUUUCGGGCCCGGGGCUCGGGGCCCGGCGGCCGCGUCGCGACAGCCUCGACAGCUCCACCGAGGCCUCGGGCUCCGACGUGUUCUUGGGCUGCCGCGGGGCCGCCUGUGACUCCCGCGUGCUGCAGGAGCUGCAGGAGCGGCCGAGCCAGCAGCACCAGAGGCGGUACCUGCAGCGGAAAGACACCAGUGAGCUGAGGAUGAUCCUUCAAGAGCUCACACACAGAGUCGGUGUACAGUCGGCGAAGUUACUUCGGCAGCUGAAGCAGAGAGACAGGCUUCUGCACAAAGUGCAGAGGAACUGUGAUAUUGUGACUGCUUGCUUGCAGGCCGUGUCACAGAAGAGAAGGGUUGAUACAAAAUUGAAAUUUACUCUUGAGCCAUCUUUAGGUCAAAAUGGUUUUCAGCAGUGGUAUGAUGCUCUCAAGGCAGUUGCCAGGCUAUCGACUGGAAUACCCAAGGAGUGGAGGAGAAAGGUUUGGCUGACCUUGGCGGAUCAUUAUUUGCACAGUAUAGCCAUCGACUGGGACAAAACCAUGCGUUUCACUUUCAAUGAGAGGAGUAAUCCUGAUGAUGACUCGAUGGGAAUUCAGAUAGUCAAGGAUCUUCACCGCACAGGCUGUAGUUCUUACUGUGGCCAGGAGGCAGAGCAGGACAGGGUUGUACUGAAGCGGGUGCUGCUGGCCUAUGCCCGGUGGAACAAAAAUGUUGGAUACUGCCAAGGCUUUAACAUCCUGGCUGCGCUGAUUCUGGAGGUGAUGGAAGGCAACGAAGGCGAUGCACUGAAAAUCAUGAUUUACCUUAUUGAUAAGGUACUUCCUGAAAGCUAUUUUGUCAAUAAUCUCCGGGCAUUGUCUGUGGAUAUGGCUGUCUUCAGAGACCUCUUGAGAUUGAAGCUCCCAGAAUUAUCUCAGCACCUGGAUAUGCUUCAGAGAACUGCAAACAAAGAAAGUGGAGGUGGAUAUGAGCCCCCACUUACGAAUGUCUUCACGAUGCAGUGGUUUCUGACUCUCUUUGCCACGUGCCUACCUAACCACACAGUGUUAAAGAUUUGGGAUUCAGUCUUCUUUGAAGGGUCAGAAAUCAUCCUAAGGGUGUCGCUGGCUAUUUGGGCAAAAUUGGGAGAGCAGAUAGAAUGCUGUGAAACAGCAGACGAGUUCUACAGCACCAUGGGGCGCCUGACUCAGGAGAUGCUGGACAAUGAUCUUCUGCAAAGCCAUGAACUCAUGCAGACUGUUUAUUCUAUGGCUCCGUUCCCUUUUCCACAACUCGCUGAGUUGAGGGAAAAAUACACCUACAAUAUCACACCAUUCCCAGCCACGGUCAAACCCACCUCAGUUUCUGGACGACAUGGGAAGGUCAGAGACAGUGACGAGGAGAAUGACCCAGAUGAUGAAGAUGCUGUUGUUAACGCAGUGGGAUGUCUUGGACCUUUCAGUGGGCUGCUUGUCCCUGAACUACAGAAGUUCCAAAAGCAGAUGAAAGAGCCGAAUGAGGAGCAGAGUCUGAAAUCGAAUAACAUUGCAGAGCUGAGUCCGGGAGCAAUCAAUUCCUGUCGCAGUGAAUACCAUGCAGCUUUUAACAGUAUGAUGAUGGAACGCAUGACCACAGACAUCAAUGCGCUGAAGCGGCAGUAUUCUCGAAUUAAAAAGAAGCAGCAACAGCAGGUUCACCAGGUGUACAUCAAAGCAGACAAAGGGCCAGUGACCAGCAUUCUCCCAUCUCAGGUAAACAGUUCUCCAGUUAUAAACCACCUCCUUUUAGGAAAAAAGAUGAAAAUGACCAACAGGGCUGCCAAAAAUGCCGUCAUCCACAUUCCCGGUCACACAGGAGGCAAAAUAUCUCCCGUCCCCUAUGAAGACCUUAAGACGAAGCUCAACUCCCCGUGGCGGACGCACAUCCGAGUCCACAAAAAGAACGUGCCGAGGACCAAGAGUCACCCUGGCUGCGGGGACACCGUAGGGCUGAUCGAGGAGCAGGCCGAGGGCUGCAAGCCCAGCAGCCGGGGAGCAGCCCAGGAGCUUCCCGCCAGCUGCGCCGCAGCAGCUGGGAGAGAAGGCAGCAGCUCUGAGGGCGGCUCUCGGAGGACGAUCGAAGGGCAUUCUCCGGAGCCAGUGUUUGGGGACGCCGCCGAGGUGGGUGUGUCUGCAGUGCAGGUGAAGUUGGAAGCCUUGGACCUGGACGCAAGUGAUGCUGCGGCGGAUGCUGAGCCCCGGGUGCCCCUGCCCCGCCAGCGGCAUUACCCAGAACCGCCUGAUGCCCCUGGAGAGAACAAAGCCACCAGCAAACCUCUUCAACGUAGCAACUCGAAAACCCCUAUCUUUAGCCCUUUUCCCAGUGUCAAGCCGCUGCGGAAAUCAGCCACGGCCAGGAAUUUGGGAUUGUACGGCCCCACAGAAAGAACCCCAACCGUGCACUUCCCUCAGAUGAGCAGGAGCUUCAGCAGACCUGGCGGCGGCACCAGCGGCUCUAAGAAACGGUGAUGUCUCCCAGACGUUCUGCGUGGGACUCCCCUGGGCCUGCUGGUGGCAGGGGUUCCAGCUGAAUGGCUCCGGGAGAGUUGUUUGUCCACUGUAAAGGAACAGAGAGACGGGGAGCAGUCCAUCAACACGGAACCACAGGUUUUAUCAAGGGAGCUAACAUAGGGAUGUUUCUCCAACCACUGGAUGACUGAUGGCAGAGUAGAUGCUGUGGUUAUAAAGGGUGACGUCUCUCUAGUUUUUCAUCAUGAACUUUCUAGAGCAGACUCUAUAUCUAGACUGUUAGCCCUGGUUCUGCCCUCCUGCGCUGAGGGCUUUUCAGGGUCCUUGUGACAACACCCCCAAACCUGCCAGUUCCCUGGGUGUUACUAAUACGUAAGCAUGCACACACCAGCUUCUAGAACAGAAACUAUAAAAGAAACUGAGUUUCUUAGUUGCAAAAAAAAAAAAAAAAAAAAAAAAAAAGUUCUAAUUUUUCUCUCCAUGCUCUGUCAGGGGGUUAUUUGUGUGUUUUGACUUUUCCCUCAGUAAGAGUUCCAAAAUUAUUUUUUGUUCUUAUGCUAAAGCAUAGCAGGAAGAGCUCAACAGCCUUUUUUUCACUUUCUAUCUGUGAAAUGAAGACAACCUUUAAUCUGUUGAAAUUUAGGUUGAUUACCAAUUUAAAGAUCUUACUCAGACAACACAAACGGGAUCUGCAUUAAGCAAUUGCUCUGAACUGCUUGCUAAUUCACUAGGCUUUGCCCCAGGUUCGUUUUCUCCUUUGGUCUUCACUAGUACAGGUGCCCUGAUGGGCUCAGCAAGGAGCUUGUGCAUCCUCAACCAUGCAGCUAACUAACCCACCAGCUCUGCACAGCCCACAUUCCAGGCCUCUGCUCAGAAGCCAGAACACAGUACCUGCGACUCUGUUACUUGAAUUUUGUGCUUUUUUGAUUGGAGUACUUCAUGGAGUACUUUGUUACUUGAACACUGCCUUUUUCUAGAGAAGGCCCCAGUGCUUUCUAGCUCUUUCUCACCCUGUCAACUCCUGCCCUGGUCCCAGCAGGUCAGAGAAAGCACCUCUUGUCUCCACUAUGCAGUUGGGAACUCUGAGCCACCCAGAGGUACUCAUGGUACUCAUGGUAUAUACUUCUGGUAUUCCACAUGACUUAGACACAUUUUCUCUAGUACCAUAGGCGAGCUCAACAUUCUUUGUGCACAGAUGCCCUGGCUACAGACAGGGUACAAACCAAGCCUGGGAAGCCGCUCACUACGCCCCCUCCUGACUCAAAUGACCUUUCUCCAAAUGGCACAGAGCCCUGUGACAAUGAUCCACAAAGCCAGCUCUGCCCUCUUUAUCCUGAAAGAGUAGCUUCUUUAAACAUGCUGCACGCACCUGCCAUUUGGCUGAAUGAAAAGCUCACUCAUCAGUCUCCUCCUGCCCACCCCCGUUGGAAGAGUGGAUCCGCAUCUCUGUCUGUCCCUGGAAGACUGCGGCGGUGCUGCCAGGAAUAGUGUUGAUACAAUCACUAUUAAUUUGAGGAUCACUGGAUGGCUAAUUCUGAAGCCAAAGCCGCUGUUUUAGAGAGGGCUUUUGCUGUGAGAGGCACUCAUUUUAUAAUCAAAUAGAGGCUGUGGUUGUGUGGGCUUUUUUGAACAGCAAACGCAAGGAUGACACCCACAGCGAGUAAAGCUAUUUUAUUCCCUUCAUGGUAUUUUUACCAACCCUAAGAAACCGAAGAUGGAAAAUAUGACUAAGAAGUCACAGCAGUUCCAGUCUGGAGUUCUGUGCCAUGUGAAGUUAGCAUAGAGCUUCUUAAAAUCAGCCAUACCACAGCCUGUUUCUUGGGAAAGGUGUAGGUGGAGAGCUGAGCUCACUUUGUGUACCACCCGCAGGAGACGAGACCCACUGCAUUUUUCAAAUUUAGGUAAAUGACAUGAUUUCUUUACACCUACUGAACUUGACAGAAGUAUAUUUCCACCUCACAGUUUCUUCUUCUCCCCCAUCCCCAGUGAAUCAGAGUGGUCAGCUCCCCUGAAGGAUGUCUGGUUGAAUGGAACAUUGUUCCCUCCUCUCUCGAGUCAGCUCACUAGCUCACCUAGGGUCUGGGAUUGGGGUGGGCAGCGAGGUGGAGCCGUCUGGCAGCUGUCUCCGUGUUGGUAGCACAUGCUGUGCACUGCAGGCAUUUCUCCUCACCUGUUCCCUGGACUUGAGAAGGGAACUGCCAAGAUGGUCCGUGGUUUGGGAAAAGUAUUUGUUGAUUGAUUGAAUAAUGUUCAUUUGAGAGACCAAAUCACCUUGUCACAUUUUUAAAAACCCAGCAGAUUCCUGUGAAAAGCACUCUACCAAUUAUGUGCAUGCAUUGUACCAAAUAUUCACAACGUGAAUUGGUCAACUUAUGAGCCUUGCCUACUUUAGAAAACAAAGAAAUCUUCAGUAGCCUCUACCAUACAGCAUGUACAGAGACCACCACGGACUUGCUCUCUUCCCUAUGUCUUGGACACCGUAUGCAAACACCAGAAGUACUUAAACAAGUAGCUGUUCAUUGUAAAUGUGCGGGUACCCUCCGAGCACUUUGGUUGGGAGGGGACUGCACCUCAGUCCUCUCACAAAAGCCUCCAGAUCUCCCCCUGGUUUGUAAUGUCCACCUCCGGGCUAUAACUGUUUGGAACAUUGUAUUCCCUUUUUGUCUCGCUGUUGUUCUGAAGAAUUGUUCUGAUCACACAGAUAUAUGCAUAAAGAUUCUCACUGAAUCUGUUGUGCCAUUUUCUAUCUGAGUGUGUGCACGGAAAACUGUGGUCACAUUGCCCUCGCCGUCACUUUUCUUUCUACUUCCUGACCCCCUUCUUCUGUCCCUCUUUGGUCACAUGAACCAGCAAAACAGCCCCCAAAGCUCGAUCUACCCCUGUCUGAUCACUGAGUUGCAAAGUGACUAAUGACCUGCCUUCAACGUGACAGAAUAGCAAUGAGUGUAAGUAAGUAGAGUUUACAUAAAGUGUGUGC